GCCAUGAGGGACGGCAAGAGUGAGAAGGACAGAAGGCGCGAGCGCAGGCAGGCUUGGGAUAGCUGUCGGGUCGUUCCCAUCGUUCAGGAUGAGCAGAAACCCAGGAAACGUCUCAGCUUCAUCCGCAUCGUCAUCUGCACCAUCAACAGCUUCAUGGUUAUUGCGCUGGGUUUUCUAAGCAAGUCAUCUCUUCUGCUGCUAAUAACAGCCUCGAACAGAAACUCAAAAGCCGUCCCCAGCAAGCCCUAUGCCCUGCUCUUUCUCGGCUGUUCGCUCAUUGCUCCGAGUAUUUUUACCCUCAUUAAGGCACUGUGGAAAAUUACAUUUAAAGACUCAAAGACACCCAAGAGGCUAACCCUUUUGUGGGUGAUCUUCACAGAGUUCCUGGUGGCCUUUGGAACAGCAUUACUCAUCUUAAUUGCUAUGCCUGACUUUGAUGUCCUCACCAAUGUGGCCAUACUGAACACAGUGGGCAUCUUGUCCGCCAUGCUUCAAAUGGUUGGCAACAUCAUCACCAAGGAGAGAACGAGAUUCACUGUAACAUCUCUCCUGGCUGUCGUCUUUAUGAUAUGUGGCUAUGUGCUGUUUAUCAUUGGAUACCUGUUACAAACUAACCAAAUGGGACUGUCGAUUGGACUGGCUAUAGUUGGAACUUUGUGCAUUUCCUUUAACUGGUGGGAGAACUACAGCAUGCUGUUUAAGGGUGGGUUCUUGCAAAGAAUCGCAGAGGACAUCAGGAGAUCCCGGAAUAUGAUCUGCAUUAUUUCCAGUGUUGUUCGUAUUGCCGUCACAGCUGCUGUCCUUGGAGCUUACGUGAAGCUGUCGGCACAGGAUUGGUCGAGUGUCCUAUCUCCCUUGGAGCAAAGCAAGCCCAUCAUACUGAGCUUGUUUGCCAUCCAGGUUAUUUCCACAGCCCUCUGCCACGGUCUUGCGGUAGCAGCCUGUAAAAUGCAUGAGGUUCGCCGCGGCUUUGUUGCACCCUUGUGGCUCAUUUCACCCAUUGUCCUGAUUACGUUCCCAAUAAUCUUUGUAGUUCACCGUGGUGCAAACUCAAGCAGCAGCUACUGUUACCAGCUGGAAAACAGUCAAAACGUCACAUUUUUCCAGCUGCUUGAGGAUGUGGAUUGGACAAUCUGUGCCCGCGAUAUCUUUCAGAAGCAGAACCAAAUGAGUAUGGUCAUAGUAGGGGGCUCCCUCUUCUGCUGGUGGAUCGGACUUGUACUGUGCACCAUUUACACUUGUUUCAUCAAAGUCUACCGGAUUGAAAGAUCCCGGGACCUGUUUGUGCGGCAAGGGUACGAGGCAGCCUUCAUCGACCAGGGGAUGCUGCUCAACACGCGUUUUAAGAUCCAGCUUUCCAAAAAGGCUUCCAGUGACAGAAAGGAAACAGUGAUGAUCAAGUUGUGUGCAACGAUGUGGCACGAGACCUAUGAUGAAAUGAUGAAGAUUAUCAUCUCCAUGUUCAGGAUGGAUAAAUUUCGCCCAAGGAGAAACCAUUUUAACGACGUCAGUUUCGACUUCCACAUUUUCUUCGACGACUCCUUCUACACCAUGGAGGGCAGUGGAGAGCGCCAUGUGAACGAAUACGUGGAGACCCUGGCGGAGGUCAUCAACGAGGUCUACAUGAUAUUCAGUGAAGACAAUCAAUCCAUCUUCAAGGAAAUGGCUCAGCUUCCAGAACAGAAGGUCAUACAGACGCCCUAUGGAGGCCGGAUCCGCUACACACUUCCACAUGGCAACAUUUUGACCGCUCACCUGAAAGACAAGCAGCUCAUCCGUCACCGGAAACGGUGGUCUCAGGUCAUGUAUCUGUACUAUUUGCUUGGCUGGAAACUCAACAGGAAGUAUUGCCAAAGGUAUCAGAAUGGAGAAAACAAGAGCACCCUGGAGAAGAGCUGGGCGAAAGAAAAGCAGAACACAUGCAUUUUGGCACUAGAUGGCGAUACUGACUUCCAGCCAUCAGCAGUCAUGCUGUUGGUCGACCGGAUGACAUUGUAUCCUGAAGUUGGUGCGGUCUGUGGAAGGAUCCAUCCAACAGGUGUAGGCCCCAUGGUCUGGUACCAGAAGUUCGAAUACGCGGUGGGCCACUGGCUGCAGAAGUCGGCAGAGCACGUGUUUGGCUGCGUGCUGUGCAGUCCCGGCUGCUUCAGCCUGUUCCGUGCCGAGGCGCUCAUGGACGACAACGUCAUGAAGAUGUACACCACCAAGCCCACAGAGGCCAUCCACUACCUGCAAUACGACCAGGGAGAGGACCGCUGGCUGUGCACACUGCUGCUCCAGCAGGGCUGGAGGGUGGAGUACAAUGCUGCCUCAGAUUCAUACACCAGUGCUCCACAGGAGUUUAAGGAGUUCUACAACCAAAGGCGGCGCUGGGGACCCUCCACGCUGGCUAAUACGCUAGAUCUCUUGAACACAGCGUCUGUAACAGUGCAGAAAAACAAAUCGAUAUCCAAACCGUACAUUCUCUAUCAGAUCAUCAACACGGCAGCUUCUAUUCUUGGCCCAGCUACUGUCUGCCUGAUGAUGGCAGGUUGUUUCACAUUUGUCUUCAACAUUAACGUGAACGUUGGCCUCUUGCUGGCAAUUUUGCCAGCAGCCAUUUACCUGAUCCUGUGCUACAAGCUGAAAGCUGACACCCAGAUCACCAUCGCAGCCCUUAUGAGCAUCGGAUAUGCGUUCCUCGUGACGGCGGCCAUUUUGUCCAUCAUAGGGAAUCUGGUCAUAAACUCGACCUUCAUGACCCCCAGUGGCCUCUUCCUCAUUGGGAUCACGGUCAUUUACUUCACCACCGCAGUGCUGCACCCCCAGGAGUUCCCUCUGAUCAUUUACGGGCUCCUCUACUUCAUCUGCAUCCCGAGUGGCUAUGUCCUGCUUCCCAUCUACUCCAUGGUGAACUUGAACAAUGUAUCCUGGGGAACACGGGAGACAGCCAGUGCCGCCAAGCCUACGCCCGCCAGCACCCCAGUGGUGAAGUACAAGAGAAGCUGCAGGUGCUGCUGCUGGAAUAUCCGCUUCCAGGUGGACGAGGACGUGAAGGUGGUCGUAAUUCCUGGAGAUGUUCCGACCCCGAUGAUGACUCAGUUGGAUGAGAAGGAGCAACAGUUGUUUGACAACAGGGAGAAAGAUUCCUCAGAAAUGUGUUGGAUUUCACAACUGAAAGAGAAGUCAUAUGACAUUAGCCUGAAGGAGGACAUCCUUGACGAGGAAGAAGCAGAGUUUUGGAGAGACCUCCAGGAGCGAUACCUGAAGCCUCUUGAUGAGGAUAAAGGGAAGCAGAAGAAAAUCAGCACAGACCUGAAGGAUCUGCGGAAUAAGGUGACCUUUGUUUACUUCUUCUGCAACGCUCUGUGGCUGGCCGCCACCUUCUUCCUGCAGGAAAUUGGCUCAGUUGUCUGCAUAAAGCUCCCAAGAAUCAACUCCACUGGGUUUAUUGUCCGUGACCAGUAUAUGUACAUCGACCCAAUUGGGUUAAUGUUUCUCUUCGGCUUCGUCUCCUUGAUAGUGAUACAGUUCUUGGCGAUGCUCUGGCACAGAAUUGGGACACUGAUGCACUACAUGGCUUACAAUGAAACAGCAUCCAAAGAGCGGAGGGCUUUCAAAAAGAGCAUGCAGGACACCAGCUUUGAGAAGAACUUCCUGUAGCCCCUCAUCACUCUGGACAAGGUUCUGGUGAAGUCCAGCUCAUCACUGGAAAGCCUGCUUCGAAUGAUAACUAAGAUUGUUGUUUUAAAAUGUUUUUAAAUAGCUGCUUUUCUUGGGUUGUGGAUCCCAUGUUUCUAUAUUUCCUUACAGCCAGUUAGGCUGUUUUGUAAAUUUCGGGACAUUUUACAAUUUUCUCAGCUUCUCCUAUGAACAUGCCAAAUUGACUGAUGUAAAUGGGAAUGGUGAUGAAACCUGAUUAUUUAUUUACAUUGAAAAGAUAAAAAAUUCAAUGCCAAUAAAAUUAUAAGAAUAAAUAAAGAA